AUGGGUAGCCUUUGUUCAUGUUUCAAGAGAAAGAAUCCUGAGGAAGAAACUGUUCAACUUUCGGAGAUUGCCAAUGAAAAUCUUACCUUUGCCAUUUCUAACACAUCAAAUAAGGCUGAAAAUUCUCCAGUAGCUGUGGCCAGUGGUGAAGCUGAAUCAUCAAAUUCCAAUAUAAAUCGUUUGGAUUCAGGCACUUCUAAAACCUCGCAAGACAACGUCUGUCCGACAUGUUUCGAAGAAUAUAGUGACCAAAAUCCUAAGAUUGUAACAAAGUGCAAUCACCAUUACCACCUUAGCUGUAUAUGUGACUGGAGGAAGAGAAGUAGAACUUGUCCAGCUUGUAGACAGGAGUUGGUUUUUGAUGGAACGAAAUAA